CCGCUCGCAAUCACAGAGCACGGCGGUGUUACGUAAAAACUGGCAUGAUGAGCUCGGAAAUUGGAAUUCUCGGCAGUUUGCUGCUUUUGAGUGUGUUUUCUUCAGCUGGCACAUCAAAAACGGACGAAAUUUUGGAUUUGAUAACGAAAUUGCAGGGAUUAGUGAAGAAAAUUAAAUUUUCUCCUUCGUCAGGUGCUACCUCGAGGUCAACUACGACUUCAAGCAGGCCGACGUUUCCAACUACCACCAUUCCAGCUGGAUUUGUAAAUUUCGCGAGAGACAUUACGCCUGUAGAUCCGGCUGCAAACAGGAAGUACUGCUAUGAAGCUGUUUGUCCCGGUAUUUACUGCAAAGAAGAGGACAUAACAAAAUACGGAAAACUCAGGAGGGCAGUGCCCAUUCCAAAAAUCUACAGCUUGUGCAGCAACACGAUCAGAAUGUUUAUUUCCAUGAACAAAUACGACUUUAAGAUGGCCGUCACAAGUUGCUGUCAGUACAACGGGACACUGCAGUCGCUCAAUGCGCCAGACGUCAUUUCUUGCUUCCAAGAACUGAUCAAGGCGGAAAAAAAGCAAAAAAACAUUUUCUGGACGAGUGGAAUUUACUCGAAAGAGUGCGACGCGUACGUUUGGUGCCCAGAAAGGGAAAUCGUGAGCGACGUCGGGCCGCAGAAGUGGCGCAAAGGCUUCCCCAACCGCACAGCCGGCGAAUGUCUCGCCGUGCAAACCGGACAGGACAAGGAAGAGGAAAAUGGACUCUUCAACUUGAUGUGCAACACGCCCAGCAGACACAUGUGCUACGGUUCGCCUGAAGUUAUGUUCCAUUAAUUUAAGACCUCGAGGGUUCAUCGCGGAUUUUAUCGAUUUUGUUUAUUUGAAAGGGAGCAAAAAUUAGAUCAUUGUUUUAAUAAAUAGAACUGUCUCCUUA